AUGCCUGGUGUUCAGAAGACAGGAGACGACAAAGCUGAUGGCGGUGGCUAUCCAUUGCGCAAGAAGUCAAGCCUGUACAUGCUACCAAGACAAUCGAUCUUGCAUAAUGCCAGCAAGAAGGUUGCAGACGCCGAUGCUUCGCGACGAGACUCUAAGGCGGUCAGAUUCGAGGGACAGGCGCCGCCACCACCGCCCUCUGCUCAGCAACCUCCAGUCAUCAAAGCACCAGAGCCAGAGCCAGAAGAAAAUUCCGUUGCAGUUCAAAAGGAUAGCAGCAGCAGCAGUAGCAGCAGCACCUCAUCUUCCGAUGAAUCCAGCGAUAGCAGCUCUGAUGAGGAUGCAAAGGUCUCGUCUUCGUCAGACUCCUCAGACUCAGACUCCGAUUCCGAUUCCGACUCUGACUCGUCCAGCUCUGAUUCUGACGAUUCGGCGUCAGAUUCCGAGUCAGAAGAGGUUUCUGGUAUAGCCUCUUCGACGAUGAACCCCCCUGGUCUGGGCUCCCAACGAACCAAAAAGAGCAACCAGCGCAACAAGAUGCGACGACGGUUAGCCAAACUCAAAGAACUGGGUGCUUUACCGGCCGAAGCAGACUUUGCUGCUCUUCGAGACCUGGAGGAGAAGCAUGGAGGGUCGUAUCAAUUUCCCACAACCACACCCGGUACGAACGAGAAUGAGCAGGCAGAGUUCGAAGCGAAGCGGCAGAAGCUGCUUCGUGAUCUUGAAUCUGGAGGAAUCGACGUCACCGAGAAGGAGAAUGUGCCAUCGAGUGACAAAGAGAACAGCAACCAAGUAAACAAUCAAGUGCCCGAGUCCGAAAAAGAAAACGCCAUCCCUGCUGCGGAAACCGCCAAUGAGGCCAGUGCCGAGUCAAAACGCCGCACGCUAGACAUUGCCAGCUCUCGGCGACUGCUCUUCGGUUCCCUUGGUGUACGGACGCCUCGAACCAAAGAGGACGAAGAAGCCACGCGCAAGAAGCUGGCCGGCAAAGUCAAGAGUACCAAUGGAUAUCCCCGGAAGUCGGUCACUGAAGAAGCACCGGCCGAGAGCGAAAGUGACUCGGACGAGAACUGGCAAGACAAGUUAGUCAUUCGGGCCACCGAGUGCUUCUUUGAAGAUAUCGAGUUGACUGCGCCUCCUUUUCCUUUUGAGCAGCGAUGGGAUGCCGAAGCCGACGCUAUCAUUAGGCAGCGCAAGGGAUGGGGCAAAAAACGGAAGAGAAAGCAGCGCAUUCAGGUGUACGACGGGGAAUACGAAGAGGAAGAGUAUUAUGGCAAUGAUGACUAUUAUUAUCAAGAUGAAGAAGAUCCACAGCUCAACUACGAUGACACGGAGCAGCCGAGCCACGAGAUGGAAGGCAUUGAGCAGAAUGGACACGAGGACAUGCAGCCAUCAGACGAGACAGAGGGCGACCUUCCUCAAGUUCCCGAUGAUCCGGCAUCGCUCGGGGAUCUGGUAGAAGACGACUUGAAGAAAGGCUCAGUCAUUGCCUUCAGGCAGCUGGACAUGUCCAAAGCGACCAACUGGCAGCCCACGGUGUCAGAAUAUCGAGUAGCCAAGAUCCACGACGUGUUCGAAGACCAGGUUCUCAAACUUCGGCUGGCCAAGCGUGAUCGAAGGCAGCUCAAGGAGACGGAAGAUGACGAGGACGAGCCAGAGUACAGCGGAUUUGAAAUGCCCGGUUUUGAUGACGACGAAGCGGAGGACGAUGGGUAUCGCGAAGUGCCACUUUCAGAUCUCAUUGAUGCCAAGCUUCUCCGAGCGGGAAAUAUUGCAGGCGGCCCCGGAGAAGCCGAGAAAGCCAGCUUGUCAGUACAUUAA